UAUAUUUUAGACUUUGCGACGUCAUCAGUCCCUUGUAAUUUUACCUCCAAACACCAACCGGGAAGAAAAUAAGUCGGCAUGGAUAAAGUCUUGAAGUCAAAACUGAAGUUCGUGGUGUCGCUGAAGGUAAGGCACUCGAAAGGCGGCAACCGAUCCAUCUGUAACCGGCUGGCCAUGGACCACUUUGACAAACUGACCUGUCGUCCCCAGGAGAGCGUGCUGUAUGUCGGGUGUGGAGCUGGAGAGGAAGUCGUCAUUCUGGCCACUAGGGUACGGGAUGUUGUGGGUAUUGACGUCGAUUCUGCUAUCCUAGAGAUCGCCAAGCGGGAUUUUCCUGCUGACAACGUGGAUUACAAGCUGGACGACCUUGGGGAUGCCAGCCCCAACCUCCUCAAGUGGACAGGUGCCUUCGACAAAGUGGUGAGCAUCGACCGCGCCAUGUUUUUCCCUAAGAUGGACACGGUGCUGCGCAACAUGGUGGGCUGCCUCAAGCCCGGGGGCGAGAUGUUGGCCAUCAUUUCCAACAACGACUUCAAUUUCUUCGACGGAGCAGCCACGAUAAUCGAGGAGCAUCCGGAAUGGGGACAGUCAAAUAAGGAGAGGAAUGUGACGCUGUGGCACAAGACCGAAGGAGAGGCAGAGGGGUUUAUGAGAGAGAUUUGCGAAUGGUCUCAACUCUCAUGCAAAACUCAGCGGCUCAAUUUUGGCUUGAGCGAAGAGAAAGCAAAAUGUAAGUGGAGUGUACACCCAUAGUCACGGAGUUAA